AUGCCUGCCAACGCAGUCGCCGAAAAUGUGCUCGGAACGAUCGGUACAGUGCUCUGGUCAUUCCAACUAGUCCCGCAGAUCAUCAAGUCCUACCGAGCCAAGGACACUGACGGACUCUCGGCCUACCUCCUGCUCAUCUGGGUCGCCGGCUCCAUCCCACAAGGCACCUACCUCGUCGUCCAGAACAUCAACAUCCCGCUCAUCAUCCAACCGCAACUCUUCUCCACCUUUGCCAUCAUCGCUAUGGCUCAAUGUUGGCGCUACAUCGGGAUCGUCGUGCUCGAGCUAGGCAUCUUUGCAUGCUACCUCCUUCUCAACCCAAAAGCCGCGCGUCGAAGGCUCCGAGAACAGGAAACGUCUCCAGAAGAAAUGCAGUCGAAUCCAGCUACGGCGUUACCAGCAUCAGCAGGAAGAGAGGCCGACCUCGAACAAGCAAACGACUCGCCGAGCACAGCCGUCAACACCCCAGACUGGUCCAGACACACAACACUAGAGGAAAAGUCAAAGCCCAUCGAUUCCACAGCACAGCCUAUCAACUCCAACACAGCGAUACCCGAGUGA